AUGAGCCAGUAUUUGUCUAUUGGAUAUUAUCAAUGGGAAGGAAGAUAUGGGCAUUUUAAAAACAAUCCAAUCUUCCAAAAAGAAAUGCUUAAUAAGAUUCUUAAUACUAAAGCAGAUGCUAAAAGAGGAUAUUUUCUAAAGAUUAAUACAUGUUUUCUUUUAAAAACUCAUGAAUAUUUGAGUGAUUUACCCCCAGCUGUAGAGAAUAUGGCUGUAGGUAUGAUAGUAGAUGAGGUAAUAGAAAUCUUAUCAUUUGAUCAAACUAACUGGCUCGCACCCUAUAUAGCUUUUAAUACAGAAAAGCAUCAAGGGGCUAAGAAUGCUUUUGAGAAAGAUUUCUUUAAGCUUAUGAACAAUUCAGUUUAUGGCAAGACUAUGGAAAAUGUUCGUAAGUAUCAAGAUGUCAAGCUCAUGGCUAUGAACAAUGAGCAAGAUGAAAAGAAGUUUAUUAAUAAAAUCCGUAAACCCUCUUUUAAAUAUGCUAGACAACUUGGACCUUCACUUAUAGGAGCACAUAUGGGAAAAGCUAGUAUGACUCUUAAUAAACCUAUUAUUGUUGGAGCAUCAGUUCUAGGUCUUAGCAAGCUCUUAAUGUAUCGUUUCUGGUAUGGUUAUGUAAAAGAGAGAUAUGGUAAUAAAGCCCAGCUUGGAUAUAUGGACACAGACUCAUUCAUAUUCCAAGUUGAAACUGAAGAUAUCUAUAAAGAUAUGUCAGAGCGACCUGACCUUUUCGAUCUUAAUGAUUCUAAAACUAUAGGUCUUUUUAAAGAUGAGACUCCUGGCAAUGUGAUUACAGAAUCUUAUCAUAUUCGAGCUAAGUCAUACUACUAUGUCUUAGCAGACAAGACCACAAAGUUUAAACAUAAGGGGGUUAGCAAAAAGGAUAUAAAUGAAAUGGCUACGAACUUAUAUAUGCCAACUUUAGAAGGGUCCUUGCUAGAUGAUCCAAUAGAUAUAUCAUUAUUAUUAGAGGAAGAAGUCAAGGAUUUGGCUAUGCGAACUGAGGCUGAUCCUAUGACUCUAGUUUAUCGAGACUGUCUCUUUGUUAAUGAAGUAUUCCACGCUAAAAAUGUAGAUAUUCGAUCAAAAGACCAUAUAUUAUCUUUGGUUAAAUCAGAAAAGAAGGCUCUUUGCCCUAUAGAUACUAAGCGUUGGAUAUUAUCUGAUAAAAUAACUAGUUUGCCAUAUGGUCAUUGGCAUAUACAAGCAUAUAAAAAUUUUGUAUCAAAUAGAAUAUCUCUAGAGUUAGCUGAACAAAGAGCUUUAAGCGUUAAGCUCUCAAAGAAGUAUCAAAAUGAAUAUGUAUCCCAUAUAUCAUAA